AGUUUUCAGAAAGCCUUCAAACGAAAGGUCAGUCUAGUUCGAAAAAAUUCAAAAUAAGACGUCAAGAUAAAAGCAAAACAAACGGAGAAAUGGAUUUCGGUACAAACGUGUUUGACCGUUUGGAUGCGUGGACUAAUAAUGAAGUGAAGCCCGGUGAAAUGGGACGCAUCUUGGCCCUUCUUCUGACCCUGAUAGUGAUCAGCUCUGCCAUUGUCGGUGUGGCUCGCAUAAUGGUAUCUCUGGCCAUACCAACCUUGGUUAUUGUGGCCCUUUUGAUGGCAUACCACAUCGUCACUCCCUCGGAAAUAAAAGAUGCUCUCAUGGAUGUGCCCGAUAUUCUAACAUCGUGUACGAACUUUAUAUCCGGCCUUUUUUGCAAGUUGAGGGCAAACUAAAAUUCUUUUAAAUUUUUUAUAAAUUAGAUAUGUAUUGGAUAAUCUUCUGGUAUUCAUAUGGCGUCGCUUUAAUAUAACAAA